AUGAGACUUAGUGUGGAUUUUCACGUAAUUAAUGCUGUGUGCAUGGAAAACACCUACCCUCUCUUCCUUAUGAAAGACAUGUUGAAUCAUCUGUCAAAGGGCAAGAUGUUCAUGAAACUAAACUUCAAAGAAGCCUAUUACCAAAUAUGCAUUUGGGAGGGAGAUGAAUGGAAGACUGCUUUUAAUUGCCUGUUGGGCAACUUCCAGUUCAGAGUCAUGCCUUUUUGGCUCCAAGGAGCCCCUACGUUCUUCAAGCAACUGAUUAACAAGGUGCUGUAUGAACACUUAUACAAGGGAGUCCUAGUCUACUUGAAUGACAUUCUCAUCUUCAGUGAGACUCUAGAAGAAUACAUCAAAGUAGUGCAGCAAGUGUUGAAGACACUCCUAGCUGUGAAGUGA